GCCGUCCUUGUUGCUGCAGGGGCGGCAUUUCCACACGGACCGGAUGUUGUAUGCACAUGGGAGCGGAGUCUGGAUAAGAUUGCAGCAUGGGGAAGCCUCGGAGAAUCCCAAGGCCUAAGAAAGUAACAAAAGAUGAAGCUGUGUACGAUGAAUCGCUGUCCAACGCAGACGUCCCGUCUUCUAAAGAGCUAUCCUCAGAUUACUAUAAUGAUGCAAUUGACAAAUACCACGAGGAGAAGUUUGAGAGUCUUAUGAAACAAGGAGUGACAUUUGGCAGCGAUGAAGAACAGUACGACAGUGAGGAUGAGGUUAUGCCUCUUGAUAUUGAGGAAGAUGAUGAAGAGCAGGAAGAAGAAGAGGAGGAGGAGGAUGAUCGUAUUUCCAUGGGCAGUGACCUAGAGGAUCGGGACAAAGAUGGCCUUCCAGAUGAAUUGGCGUGGGGACAGAGGAAGAAGCUGUAUUACGACACAGACUACAAAGAGAAGAAAAAAGUGAAAAAAACUAAGGAGGAGUUGGAAGCUGAGGCUGCAGAGGAGGAGGAGGAAGCUCAGAAUAUUCAGAGGCGUUUAGCCAAGACCCUUGAUGAGGAAGACUAUGGGUUGGAUUUUAUCCAGGCAUUUGCAGAAAAGCCUAGCGAAGAGACCCCCACCGAGGAGAAGAUUGUAAAAGACUUGGAGAAGAUGUCUGACAAGGAGAAGAGGAAAUUGUUGAAGAAGGAAUCUCCAGAGCUGAUGGAGCUGAUACAAGAUCUUAAGCAAAAGUUGGCUGAAGUGAAAAAUGAAUUGCAACCGUUGAUCACAAUGGUGAAAGGUGGAAUUAUCCCUAAAGGAAAGGGCAGUACCUACCUACAGACGAAAUACCAGCUGUAUUUAAACUAUUGCAUGAACAUUAGCUACUACCUGCUGCUGAAGGCAAAAAGAAUAGCAAUCAGCGGGCACCCCGUGAUCGAGAGGCUGGUCACGUACAGGAACCUGAUAAAUGAAUUGGCUGAUGUGGAUGAGAGAUUAUCUCCAGAAAUUCGUCUUCUGCUAUCUGAAGACUUUCAGAAAAAGAUUUCCGAAGGAAAACUUAGCACCCAAGAGCCGAAACCGUCUAAAAAACCCGCUAUCAAGCGCCCUGUAUCAGAGGCCAAGGCCGAGGAUGACAGCGAUAUGGAUGAAGAAAAGGCUCUCAAUUACUACAGAAUGAUGGAGAAUAGAUUAUUACAAAAGAGGAAACCUGCGGAGGAGCAGAUUGUGGAGGCGCCAUCUGAAGAAAUGGAUCCCAAUGCCAAGAGAGGCAUCACUUACCAGAUUGCUAAGAAUAAAGGGCUUACACCGAAAAGGAGGAAGAUUGACCGUAACCCAAGAGUUAAGCACAGAGAGAAAUUCCGACGUGCAAAGAUCCGCAGAAAGGGCCAGGUACGUGAGGUCCGUAAGGAAGAAGUCCGAUAUUCCGGGGAGCACUCUGGUAUCCGUGCUGGAGUUAAGAAGAGUAUCAAGCUUAAAUUUUAAUGUUUUUGAGGUGAAAGAUUGUACAGUAAAAGCUUGUAUUUGUACUGGUGUCCAUUUUCUGUUAUUUCCAAAGACAAUUAUUAUGAUCACACGUAACUCGCAUUAAACAGACUGAAUUUUUUUAAUAUAGGUUUAGCAAAUCUGGGUCAAUUUUACUUGCACACGCCUGGUUCAGGAGAUUGAAGGGUUAAAGGAUUGUCACAGAAUGACCGCUUAUUACCUAUCCACUGAAUGGAGCGGCAGUCGAGAAUGUGGACCCCUGCGCCAUUCACACUAUAUGAGACUUGUGCAGACAGUGCUGUGCUCCAGUGGUCACUUCUCACACUAUACGUGGCAUAUACAAUCUGAAGGAGGAGACAUGACAUUGACAUGAUCUAUAUCAGGCUAAAUUCAAUGCGUAGCUCUGGCCGUACAGUAUAAGGUCAUUGGCCAUAAAGGCUCAACCGCGCUGCUGGUGGGAGAUUUAUGAAAACUCGUUCACAGUAAGAGUGAAUCCCUUACC